AAAGUGUUGUGAUAGGAAAGAAAAUUUUGAAAGCAGAAAAUGAAUCUUAAAUUUCCAAUACAAUGAAGGAUUUGAAAUUUUAUUUUUAUUACUUGGAGAACAAGAAAAGAGGUCACCCUAGUCAUUUUGUAUAUAUAUCAAAAUGAAAUUCCUUUGUUUACAUUUUUUUCUUGUGGAGAAUUUGAUUUUAUUUUUUGUUUGCUUGCUUUAGAGUGUGUUCUGAUGUGUUAGGGUUUUGGAUUGGUGUAUUAGUUUGCUAGAAAAUCGUGCGAGUUGAUGGCAAUGGAGGAAAAGGAUCAGCUGGAAAUGGAAGAAGCGGAGAAAAAGGAUAAAAAGCUAGCUGAGGAUCUUGCGGUGGCUGGUAAUGCGCUUCUUUCAUCUCUAUCUACUGUUGAGCAACUUCUUCCUCUGCUUCAGAGACUUGGCGAUCUUUUAGCGGAAGUGAAGCAGUCUCCAUCUAACCUUGUGCGGAAGGCACUGAACCCUGCAAUGAACGCGUUGACAAGCAAUGAACUUUUGAAUCAUUUGGAUGCAGAAGUGAAAGUUUUUGUUGCGUCAUCUAUAUGCGAGAUUAUGAGAAUAACAGCACCAAUUUCUCCUUACGGUGAUGAACAGCUGAAGAAAAUCCUUAAGCUGAUUGUGGCCGCAUUUGAUAAUAUAUCUGAUCUGUCAAGCCGUUCAUACCUUAAAAGAGUUUACAUUCUUGAAAUCUUUGUAAGGAUCAGGUUAUGGGUUCUGCUGCUGGAUCUUGAAUGUGACUCCUUGAUUUUGGAGAUGUUCAAUAAUUUCCUAAGAAACAUUAGGGAAUACCAUCCUGAUGUUGUCUUUAUGUAUAUGGGGUUCUGUAUGAUCAUGGUGUUGGAGGAAAUUGAAGAGAUUCCAUCAGAGCUUCUAUCCUCCCUUUUGGGCAGUGUGAGGAAGGGAAACCAGAAUGUUCUGCCUAUUGCUCGAAAGUUAGGCGAGAGAGUAAUUGAAAAUUGUGCUUCAAAGCUAGCACUCUACAUACGUCAAGCAGUGCAAUAUACUGGCCUUCCUUUAGACAAUUAUGGUAAAAUUGUUGCUUAUAUAUGCUCAAUUAAAUCCGACCCUCUGGAGCACAAUGAAGUUCUUGCUUCUCAAGCUAACAAUACUGGUAAACAUGCGAAAAUUAUUCCUUCAGCUGAAUGUAAUACAGAGCCCACAGUAAAUGAGACCAAUGCCUUGGAGGAAAUUCCCAUGGAAAAAUCUGCUAGGAAUGGUACUUCCACGAAGGAAAAGACUUGUUUAGCUCCAGAUGAUAAGCAUUUUGGUGAGGAUUUGAUUGGUUCCAGGAUCAAAGUCCUUUGUUCAAAAGAGCAGAUGGUCUACGAAGGUGAUAUAGUUUCCUAUGAUCCCAAUGAGAAGAAGCAUAAGCAUCUGUGGGUUCAAUGCAAUGAUGGUGAUGAAAAGAUGCUGCUUCUCGGUAAUGAACAAUUUGAGUUUGUUGGUGAUGAAGGUGCUGCACAUAGGGGGAAAUUAGUUAAUGUUCCAAUUCUUGAUGAUUUUUGUGAUUUGAGAGAAGGGACCUCAGCAAGGAAAGUCGAUGUCAAGGUUCCAGAAUCUGGCAGUGACAACCCAAAAGAUGGUGAAAACAGCUUCAAGUGGGAAACUGAAACAUCAAAAGAUGUUGGAAACAUAGGCAGUAAAAGUGCUGUUGAGUCAAAGGGCGAAUCUGAUCAUUGCUGCGAAUCGAAAGAGUCUGCUGCCAAUGCUGCCAGAAAGUUGAAUGACUCUUUCACUACCAGGACCAUAGAAAAAGACGAUAUGAUGGCCAUAGAGGAGGGUGAAAAUAAAAAUGGGAGUUUAAGCAUCUCCUUAAUGGAACUACCACUGAAAACUCUGGUUCCUGGAAAGUUCAAGAAAUUAAGAUCACCUAGAUGGGAAAAUCAUCAGAUUAAGAAAUGUCACAUAAAUCCGGGCCAUGAAGUGGAAAGCAGCAGCCAAGGGUAAGCGAGCUUCUAAUUGAAUCUAUUGCCAUUAUAGAAGUAAUUUAUUUUUGUAUCUCCUAUUUAGUUGGAUCAGCUUGUGAUGCUUUGCAUCCGAGUUAGAGCCCAUAAGGACUUGCACAUAGGCCAAAACUUAUCAGGCUUUUGUGUUCAAAGAUUUGGACUCCAUUUUGGCCCAAUGAAUGGAGGUGCUUCUUUAGUGCAUAACCAACUCAUUACAACUCUCA